AUGCACUGACGUUUUCCACGGUCGCCUGCGUCCGCAAUGAGGCGACUUAUGGUGGUCUCUCCAGUUCGCUCUCAGACGGCACCAAGUACCAACUCCUCCUUGAGGCGUCCUGAUGGUUCUGACCUGAUGUGCCCCGUGAGCCCGGUGUUGGACAACCAUCCCACUAAAGUGUGCUUGAAGACAACUGGCUGCCAUGUUGACAUGCUGGUUAAACUUGCUCAUCACAGGGGUACUGGUUGCCGCCAGAGUCCCAAGUCAUGACUGGAGACCCUGCACAGACCUGGAGCCUCUUGACCUGUUGGCCAGAAUUCUGCCCCAGCCUGGACAAACUUCAUUGCCACAGGUACAGAUGGUACAGUCCGGGGGUUCCAGAGGUGUCCGACUGGGUGACGCCACGUCAAUAUUGCUGAGUUUUGCUGCCAAUCAAAUCUUCAUCAACUGUGACUUCUUCCCAGCUGAAUUCUCAUUGGUCAUCACAUUUAAGAUGCCCAGGCUGAGACAACAGAAACAUGAAUACAUAUUGUCUGUGGUGGAUGACGAAGCGGACUCGCUGUUGCUGGGCUUGCGUUUGUCACACAAGGGUGUCCAUCUGUUGGUCGAUCCUCCCGGCACAAGGGGUCGGUUGCGGCUGAGCUUCACAGAGGUCGUCUUGGAUGAUAACCACUGGCACACAAUGGUGCUGGCAGUCAGCGGAGUGGAUGCUGCGCUGACUGUGGAUUGUGGACUGAAACUUGAGCGAAUACAGGUGCACUCCUUUCCGGCCGCCUUGAGCACCAGAUGGUCCAGGUUCUACAUCGGCACUCGGAAAAGGACAACCCACAAUUUUUCCGGUUUAAUACGUCAACUAGUCCUUGUUCCCGGUUCGGAUGCCACUACCAGACUGUGUCCCAGCUCGGAGCCUCAAUUGGCCCAGCUGCUUGUACCUCAGGUUCUCGUGUCUGUUCCCCUCGGGCCUGGAAGUCUCAGUCCACUUUACCCGUACGAGGCAGAGGCCAGGGUGACGUCAGGGAGACGCCCUCAGUGUUCCCGCUCAAAAAACGGUCAGCUCUGGUUCGACAUUUCUCGGAAGAGGAUGUCGGUGUGUGAUGGUGUCAUGUGGAAAUCUCUUUGGGGCAAUAACGAGCGUUUGGACUAUGUGGAAGACUUCCAGGACUUGUACACAGCCUCAGAAACCUUUGAUGUGGAAGUCUUCUCCAUCCCGUCUGUUGGCCUCUUCCUAGCUGCUGCCAACAGGGACUCUCAGCCUGGCUCGGGGAUCUACAGGUGGACUAAGGGCUCUUUCAGACUUUACCAGAACAUCAGCACUCACGAAGCUCGCGCUUGGAAACAUUUCACUAUCGACGGUCAGAGUUUCCUGGUGGUGGCCAACUCCAGGGAGGCAGACCAAGAGCUGUCCGUUAUCUACCGGUGGAACGGUCACAGGCUGCAUUUCGUGCGCCAUCAAAGCCUGGAGACAUACGCUGCCCUGGACUGGGAAGCGUUCAACAUGUACAACCACAGCUUCCUGGUGGUAGCCAAUCACAGACGAGCAUACAAUCACAACAUCGACAGCGUGAUCUACAAGUGGAACCCAAAGUCUAAGCUCUUUGAGGUGAACCAGACUCUGUCCACGUCGGGGGCAUACGACUGGGAGUUCUUCUCCAUGGGAUCAUACCAUUUCCUAGUGGUGGCCAACACCUUUGACGGCAGGACCACCAACAUCAGCUCAACCAUUUACAUCUGGAUGAACGGAUGUUUCCGGACCUUCCAGAAAAUUCCGACGCUGGGCGCGACAGACUGGGAGCCUUUUGAGCUGGACGGACGCUUCUUCUUGGCAGUGGCCAACAGUCAAGAUUUGUCGUUGUGGCUAGGUUCAAGUCACUACACCAUCAACUCAACCAUCUAUGAGCUCAGCACCAUCAGCUGGACCUUUGAACACUUCCAGGACAUCCUUACCCACAGUGCACUCGACUGGGAGUUCUUCACAUUGGGUGAGGAAAAAUUGUUGGUGGUCGCAAAUUCUCAUGAUGGGAGCUCAUACUCUGUAAAGAGCGUGGUGUACAGGUGGCAGGGCGCGGAGGGCUUUGUUGCGGUCCACAGACUUCCUACAUUGGGCUGCAGAGACUGGGAACACUUUAGCACAGAGGAAGGCAACUUCCUGGUGUACUCCAGCGCCACCUCCAGAAUAAGCAAGAUCUUCAAACUCAGGCUCUACUAGGGUUGCAAGCCUGCAAACUUUCCGUGGGAAUAUACAGGAAAGUAUGGGAAUACGGCAGGAAAGGAAACAGAGAAUAUAUGUUUUGCAUCAUACUGACUGACUAAGCACAGUUGUAUUCUUUGUCUUCAAAGUGCUCAAAUCAUUUUGAGUUGAGAGCAAUUGGUUGGUUUUCGUGUAUGAUUCUAUUUUCAAUUCCAUUUUUAUUCAAAUGUACACUCAGUAUGACUCCAAAACAUUUAUCUAAUUAAAUUUAUCUCAUAAUCAUUACAAGAAAAUGGCCCUGGUGGCCCACAUCUGGGACUGGUCUCCUUUGAGGGAUCGUUUUACAAAUCACAACCAAUAGUUUUUUUAGAAAUUAAUUACAGUCGAAAUAACAACAAAAUCGUAAUAUUUAAAAAAACUAAUUAAAACUGACCAAACAAGAUAUAUUUUAAAAAAGACCCAAUUUUGGGCUAAAAAGGAAAAGAACAGCCUCUGUCUUUGUUAUACAUAAAAACAAAAUGGAAAGAGUAUCCAUUCAUCGAUCCAUUUUUUUUUUCUUCUUAACUAUCAGAAGUUAGGUCAGGGGCCAGCAGCUUAAGCAGGGAUAGCCCACUUUCCUCUCCGUGCCUACUUCGUCCAGUGAAACCUUUGUCUUUCGGCUCAGCUCCUUCUCCACGGCAGAGCUAUAUAGAGUUCGCAUUACAGCAGACACUGCACCGAUCCGACUGUCUAUCUCACAGUCCAUUCUUCCCUGACAAGACCCUGAGAUACUUGAACUUCUCCAAUUGAGGCAGGAUCUCUUCCCCAACCCAGGGUGGAUGCCACCCUUUUUCAACUAAAGUCCAUACUCUCAGGUUAGGAGGGGCUGAUUCUCAUCUUGGCCAACUGACACUUGGCUCCAAACCAUUCCAGUGAAAGGUGAAGAAUGUGGCUUCAUGAAGUCAUUAGAACCACAUCAACUGCAAAAAGCAAGGAUGUAAUACUGAUGUCAGCAAGCGAUACAAACCCCUUGGUUGCCCUUUGAUAUUCUGCUCAAAAAGAUAAUGAACAGAAUUGAGGACAAACAGCAGCCUUGGCCGAAUCCAACUCUCACUGGAAAUCAAACCAACUUACUGCCGGGAGUGGGGACCAAACUCCGAUACCGGUCAUACAGCAACCAAACUGCCUGUUUUAGGGGGUCCGGUACCCCAUUCAGCCGCACCACCAACCCCAAAGGACAUGGUUGAACACCUGCUCAAUGUUCAUAAAAUGUAGACUACUUGGGGGAAUUCCCAUGCACACUCAAGGACCCUGCAGAGGGUGUAGAGCUGGUCCACUGUUCCAUGGCCAGGAUGAAACCCACACUGUUCCUCCUGAAUCUGAGAUUCGACUUCCUAACUGACCACUCAAGAACCCCUUAGCAGACCUUACCAUUGAGGCUGAGGAAUGGGAUCCCCCG